AUGUCUUUGAAAGUAUUGUUAACGACAGUCUACGUGGUUUCCAUCUUUCUCUGUAACAAUCAAGUGACACCGACUGGUAUUCACAGCGUUCAUUAUUAUGGCUUUAAUACACCAAUGGAGAUUGAACACAGAUAUGAUGCAGAUUUAUUUUUCAAGGGGACAGAAACCUCACCGAAUAAUAUCACUGAGGUUACGACAAACGAAGCAGUUAACAAAUCAUCAAAGAAUAUACGGUUACCACAAACUGUAUUCCCUCAUUUCUAUGAUCUACGGCUUCAAGUUCACAUUCAUGAAAAUGCAGAUACUAAAGACUUCUAUUUCAAUGGAUCUGUGACUAUAAAGAUUCAGUGUUUAGCAGCAACCGCAGAUCUAUUUAUUCAUGCUUAUCCCAAUCUUAAUGUCAGUACUGAUCAAAUCAAAAUAUUUCCGGACGAUAAAGAAGAUGUAAAGAAGUCAGAAAUUCCAAUCCAGACGAUAUCCUACGAUAAAGAUGCUGAAUGGUACCACAUACAGUUAAAAGAAGCAUUACAACCCAAUGCAAGUUAUAAACUGAUAUUUGGUCAAUUUAAUUCUUCACUAAACUACGAACCAGUAGGAUUUUAUCUGAGUCGGUAUGCAGAAAAUGGAACUUAUAAGUAUUUAGCAAGCACACAAUUUGAGUCAACUUAUGCAAGACGCGUAUUUCCUUGUUGGGAUGAACCUGGAUUUAAGGCCGUAUUUCAGUUUACUGUCUGGACAAGACCAGAGAAAAUUGAAUCAGCCAGGUAUGCUUUGGAUAUUGGUAGAAGAAUUCUUACAUACUUUGAAAAUUACUUUGGAGUGCCUUAUCCACUUCCAAAAAUGGAUAUGGUUGCAAUUCCUAACUUUAAAUCUAACGCAAUGGAAAACUGGGGUCUAAUAACAUUUCGAGAAAGUGCACUAUUUUGGAAUCCGUAUACUGGUUCAGCUGCAUCGAAGGAAUGGGUGACAAUUGUUAUUGCUCACGAAUUGGCUCAUCAAUGGUUUGGUAACUUAGUGACGAUGAAAUGGUGGAACAACCUCUGGUUAAAUGAAGGUUUUGCAAGUUUUCUUGAAUACACUGGCACAGACUUUGUUCAACCAGAUUGGAAAUUGGAUGAACGAUUCAUUUUUUCCGAUUUGCAAAGAGCAAUGAUCUCAGAUGCCUCCAUACAAUCGCAUCCUAUUAUUAAUUCAGCUGAAUAUCCAGCCGAGAUUGAGGACAUUUUUGAUCCAAUAACAUACAGUAAGGGUGCUUCGAUCAUCCGGAUGAUGGAGUCAUUUCUUGGACAUGAUGUCUUCUUGAAUGGCUUGAAGGCGGCCAAGAGUGCAAACAAAGUCAUUGAUAUCAAAUCGAUCAUGGAUACUUGGACGAAACAAGCGAAUUAUCCAAUUUUGAUUGUCAACCGAAGUGAUUCCAGCACCUUCCAUUUCAAACAGAUUCACUUCUAUGAACCUGUUAAUGAUUCUAUUUUGCCAUCAGGACACAAUUUCACUUGGAAAAUCCCCAUUACCUACACGACAAAGGAUGGGACAGCGAGUGAAAUCAUAUGGAUGAACAACGCUACUCUGAAGAUGAAGCUCAACGUUAUGCCAAAUGACUGGUACAUAAUAAAUAUUGGACAGAUUGGAUAUUAUAGAGUUCAUUACGUUGAUAAUAACUGCGAAUUACUGACAGAUGAAUUACUCAAGAAUGUCAAGAAUAUUCCAGAUUCUGCACGUCCACAAAUCAUCGGUGAUUUAUUCCAUCUCGCGAAUUUGAUUAUAUUGUUUAUUCUAUCCCCUGUUAACUCUGAAUACACAUUCCAUAGCAUACCGCCUGGUUUGAAAUCAGCCGUUUACUGUACAGCUAUCCGGUUUGGUGGGCAAGCGGAAUGGAAAUUCCUCAGAAGUCAGUACAGUGUUAAUGAAACGGAUGAUGUUGAAAAGGAAAAUAUCUUGACAGGAUUAUCUUGUUCCCGUGAUAUAUGGACGAUGAAACUUGAUGAAUUCACCAAAGAAGUGAUACAGAGUCUUUCUAAUCCAUAUUACAGCUUGAAUAACAAAAAUGAUGGGGAAAAGAUACUGAGUACAGAGGCUGAUUGGCUUCAGUUACCACAAAAUCAUCCACUUAAACGUGGAUUGUACAAUUUGCUAACUACCUCAAAGCGAAAUUUGAAGUGGCUUGACACCCACCUUCACACAAUUGUACAAUGGUUGAAAGAAAACGUUCCUCAUACAGCACAAGAGGUCUAG